AUGUAUAAGUAUUCUCGCCGUACGGCGAAUAUUGCAACAAUUAUUGGUGUUAUAAAUUGGUGUCUCAACUUCACUGCUCUUCUUCUCUUUCUUGCAAUUAUUAUUAUUGGUAUCAAACAUCGACGAGAUCUUCGUGAUAUUUCAUUAGUAUUAACAUAUAACACUUGUUUCGCUGCACUUGUUACAUGUCUUGUUUCUGCUGUUAUGACUACUUCGAAUCUAUCGAAUGGUUUCCUCACUUCUAAUUUUACCUUUUGUUGUGUUUGGGGUUUAUUAUAUGAUAUAUUUCAAUGUUCAAUAUAUCAUAGUUACUAUUUACAAGCAUUCUAUCGUCUUUGUCGAGUUGUUUUCUAUAAAAAGAAAUCUCUUGUAUCUUAUUCUUUCUUUAUCAUGCUUGUCAUUGGUCAAUGGUCAUUUAGCAUCAUUAUACUUCUACCACCUUUUUUUCUCAAUUGGUACGUUCGCCUACCUACAGAUCAAUACUGUCUUGUUCCAUAUACACAUGCGAUGGCAGAAAUGUAUCAUAUUUUGGUUCUCCAGCUGAUUCCUUUAGUAUUUAUCACAUCAACUUAUAUUUGGAUCACAGUAUUUGUUCGAUAU